CCUUUCUCAUUUCUUAACCACGUCGUCGGCACAAAACGAUCGUUCUACGUCUCUCUCUCUCUCUUUCUCAGUCUCUCCUCACCGACGAAGAUCACGGCCCUUCUUCUCUGUUUUAAUCGGUGGAAUCUCUCGUCUUGAUUUUUUCUUCCGGUAGAUCGAUCCAGCUACGAGAUCAACCAUGAAUCCUGAAUAUGACUAUUUGUUCAAGCUUUUGCUUAUUGGUGAUUCUGGUGUUGGAAAGUCAUGCUUGCUUCUAAGGUUUGCUGAUGAUUCUUACCUGGAUAGCUACAUCAGUACCAUUGGUGUUGACUUUAAAAUCCGCACAGUCGAACAAGAUGGAAAGACUAUCAAACUCCAGAUUUGGGAUACAGCAGGCCAAGAACGUUUCAGAACUAUCACCAGCAGUUACUACAGAGGAGCUCAUGGAAUAAUUGUGACUUAUGAUGUAACAGAUCAAGAAAGCUUCAACAACGUCAAGCAAUGGCUAAACGAAAUUGAUCGCUAUGCUAGUGAGAAUGUUAACAAGCUACUGGUUGGGAACAAGUGCGAUCUCACAUCACAGAAAGUUGUAUCUACUGAGACAGCCAAGGCUUUCGCAGAUGAACUUGGAAUCCCAUUCUUGGAAACAAGUGCCAAGAAUGCUACCAAUGUCGAAGAAGCUUUCAUGGCCAUGACUGCUGCAAUCAAAACGAGAAUGGCGAGCCAACCUGCAGGAGGAUCCAAGCCGCCAACUGUCCAGAUCCGAGGACAACCUGUGAACCAGCAAUCUGGCUGCUGCUCCUCUUGAUUCGCAUUGGUAACAGUUAACAUAUAUUAUAUCAUUCGUUUGCAUGUAAGACAUCUGAACGCCGUUGCUCUUCUUAAUCUUUUGUAUUUGGUUUUCUUAUCUUCACGUAUGUUCAAAAGCUUUGAAAUUCUUUGUAAUGUACUUGGAACAAUAAACUUCUUUAGUAAAGUUUCUUCAUGCUUA